CCGCGUCUGUGCGGCGCUCCUCAACAUGGCGGCCGACAGCGAGCCCGAGUCCGAGGUGUUUGAGAUCACGGACUUCACCACGGCGUCGGAAUGGGAAAGGUUCAUAUCAAAAGUUGAAGAAGUCUUGAAUGACUGGAAACUGAUUGGCACCUCCUUGGGAAAGCCGCUUGAAAAGGGCAUAUUUACUUCUGGGACAUGGGAAGAGAAAUCAGAUGGAAUUUCCUUUGCUGACUUCAAGUUCUCAGUCACUCAUCAUUACCUUGUACAAGAAUCCAGUGAUAAAGAAGGAAAGGAUGAUUUAUUAGAAGACCUCGCACUUGCAGUUUCUCCGGCUGCACUGCGGCUAACAUUGAGCUGUGCAGCUGCGGCCGCCUGCUGCUACAGUCCAGAGUUACGGUACGGACUGCGAGAAUUUGUGGUGAUCGCUCCGGCUGCAAAUAGUGACGCUGUACUCAGUGAAUCCAAGUGCAAUCUUCUCUUGAGUUCUGUUUCUGUUGCUUUGGGGAACACUGGCUGCCAGGUGCCACUCUUCGUGCAAAUACAUCACAAAUGGCGGAGGAUGUACGUGGGAGAAUGUCAGGGGCCUGGUAUCCGAACUGAUUUCGAAAUGGUUCAUCUUCGAAAAGUGCCAAAUCAGUACACUCACUUGUCAGGUCUGCUGGAUAUCUUCAAAUCAAAGAUGGGGUGCCCUUUAACUCCAUUGCCUCCAGUGAGUAUUGCUAUUCGACUUACCUAUGUACUUCAGGAUUGGCAGCAGUAUUUUUGGCCCCAGCAACCUCCAGAUAUAGAUGCCCUUGUAGGAGGAGAAGUUGGAGGCCUGGAAUUUGGCAAGUUACCAUUUGGUGCCUGUGAAGAUCCUAUUAGUGAACUUCAUUUAGCAACGACGUGGCCUCACUUGACUGAAGGGAUAAUUGUGGAUAAUGAUGUUUAUUCUGAUUUGGAUCCUCUUCAGGCUCCCCACUGGUCUGUUAGAGUUCGAAAAGCAGAGAAUCCUCAGUGUUUGUUAGGUGAUUUUGUCAGUGAGUUUUUUAAAAUUUGUCGUCGUAAAGAGUCAACUGAUGAGAUUCUUGGACGAUCCACGUUUGAAGAAGAUGGGCGAGAAAUUACCGAUAUAACUCAUGCUUUGUCAAAGCUGACCGAGCCAGCACCAGUUCCAAUUCAUAAAUUAUCUGUUUCAAACAUGGUACACACUGCAAAAAAGAAAAUACAAAAACACAGAGGUGGAGAAGAGUCACCACUGAAUAAUGAUGUCCUCAAUACUAUCCUCUUAUUUUUAUUUCCAGACGCUUCAUCUGAGAAACCAUUAGAUGUAACUACUUCAGCAGACAACAGUAAUCCUCCAUCAGAGAGUGAAGAAUAUAAUCUCUUCAAUCAGUUCAAAUCUGCGCCAUCUGACAGUUUAACAUACAAAUUGGCUUUGUGCCUCUGUAUGAUCAAUUUCUACCAUGGAGGACUUAAAGGAGUAGCACACCUCUGGCAGGAAUUUGUUCUUGAAAUGCGUUUCAGAUGGGAAAACAACUUUCUGAUUCCAGGACUAGCAAGUGGUGCCCCAGAUCUACGGUGUUGUUUAUUGCAUCAGAAACUACAGAUGUUAAAUUGUUGCAUUGAGAGAAAGAAGGCACGUGAUGAGGGGAAAAAGACGAGUCCUUCAGAGAAUGUAACUAGUAUAUAUCCUGGGAAUGCUGGAAAAGCUGGAGACCAGUUUGGAUCAGAUCACCUGAAAGAUACGGAUAAAGAAAAGGGAGAGGUUGGAAAAUCUUGGGAUUCCUGGAGUGACAGUGAAGAAGAAUUUUUUGAAUGCCUAAGUGACACUGAAGAACUUAAGGGAAAUGGACCAGAAAGUGGCAAGAAAGGAGGUCCCAAGGAGAUGGCAAAUUUAAAACCAGAGGGGCGUCUUUUUCAGCAUGGGAACCUCACUCUGCUACAAAAUGGAGAACCACUCUAUGUUCCUGUAACCCAGGAACCGGCACCUAUGACGGAAGAUCUGCUGGAAGAGCAGUCUGAGGUUUUAGCUAAAUUAGGCACAUCGGCAGAGGGGGCUCACCUCCGAGCACGCAUGCAGAGCGCCUGCUUGCUCUCCGAUAUGGAAUCUUUUAAGGCGGCAAAUCCAGGUUGUUUCCUGGAAGAUUUUGUGAGGUGGUAUUCACCCCGAGAUUACAUUGAAGAAGAGGUGAUUGAUGAAAAGGGCAAUGUGCUUUUGAAAGGAGAACUGAGUGCCCGAAUGAAGAUUCCAAGCAACAUGUGGGUAGAGGCCUGGGAAACAGCUAAACCAAUUCCGGCUAGACGGCAGAGGAGACUCUUUGAUGAUACACGGGAAGCCGAAAAGGUAUCUUACUUUCUGGCCUCCCUUGACUUUUCUCUUAGGUUUGUGAGUUGCCUUUUGGAGCAGCCUGAAGUGAUAGUCAUCGGUGCAGGUUGCGGACAUGCCGGCAGGAUCAUCCACAAGUUGUUUGUGAAUGCGCAGAAGCUGACUGAAUCUUCUGAUGAGGCUGCAGCCCUGGUGCCAGCAGAGGAGGAGGUGAAGAGAAUGGGCACCCCAGAAGAGCGAAGGCAGAACUCCGCCUCCGACUUCCCACCCCCUGCUGGCCGAGAGCUUAUUUUGCGCGCCACUGUGCCCCGCCCUGCCCCUUACUCCAAAGCCCUGCCCCAGCGCAUGUACAGUGUCCUCACCAAAGACGACUUUAGACUUGCAGGUGCCUUCUCAUCUGAUACUUCCUUCUUCUAAGUUUUGUAGUGUUACCUCUUCUGUGGCUUCUGAGACAGCACGGUCUCCUUCUGUGGAAGGCAGGGGCAUGCUCCUCAGAAGCUGAGAGGGCACUGUCCAGCCCACGAACCAGGAAUCAGACUAGCAUCUGAAAGACUUCCCAGCACCAAGCUUGGGGUCUUUUGUAAUUUGAUUGUGGGUAUAGG